AUGACCAAAAACUUCACAAUCACUAUAAUAGGCGGCGGAAUAGGCGGUUUAAUCCUCGCAAUAAGCCUCCUCCGCCGCAAAACCCCAGUCCAAAUCUACGAAGCCGCAUCCUCAUUCCAAGAAAUCGGUCUAGGCCUCUCCAUAGGACCAGCAGCCCAUCGCGCCCUCCCCCUUCUCGAUCCAGAUAUCCGCAAAAUCUACGACUCCCUCGUAACAACGCACGCCGAUAGUCCCGGCUACGAAGCCUUUCGCGAGACAUGGUUCGAGAUACUAUGGGCUUGUGGAAAACACGAAGGCGAAUUACUUCUAGAUCUCAAAGCGCAACCAUCCGGACAAACGACGGUGCGAAGAUCUGAUUUCCUAGAUGCACUUGUUAGUCUCAUCCCGACUGGGAUAGUACAUUUCGGGAAACGGCUUAAGAAAUGCGUUGAGGUUGAGGAUGAGAAUAAGAGUGGGGUGAUGUUAUUCUUCGAAGAUGGAAGUGAGGUACUCGUUGAUGUGGUUAUUGGUUGUGAUGGAAUUAAAUCCAAGGUUGUGGAAUCUCUUUUUCAUAAGGGAAAUCCGCGAUUUAGUGGGAUGUAUGGAUACCGCGCUGUUCUUGAUAUGGAGGAUAUGGUUCUAGCUGUAGGGGAGCAGCGUGCGAGGAUCUCGACGCUUUAUCUUGGGGAAGGGAGGUAUGGGAUUUCGUAUCCAAUUAUGCGUGCGAAAAAAGUGAAUGUGGGACUCUAUGUGCUGUGUGAGGAGUGGGAUUGUGAGACUUGGGUGCGGGCAGCAGAGCGGAAAGAUAUGAGGCGUGAUGCGGAAGGGAUGGGGCGGUAUUGGAAGGAACUUGUUGAGUGUAUGCCUGAUCCGUCGCAAUGGGCAAUUUUCGAAAAUCCUCCUCUUGACACGUUUUGUCUGUCGCGGGUUGCGAUACUUGGGGAUGCGGCCCAUGCCUCAACGCCGCAUCAAGGUGCUGGGGCUGGACAGGCUAUUGAAGAUGCGCAUGUUCUGGCGGAAUUGCUCGGUGAUGCACGCGUUAUGUCGGUUCAAGAUGUGGUUGGCGCUUUUCGAGCAUAUGAUGAGACCAGGCGACCUCGUAGUCAAAGGGUCGUGACGAGUAGUAAGGAGAAUGCUUAUCUCCUUUGCUUAUGUCUGGAUGGGGUGGGGAAUGAUGAUGAGAAAUUGAAAAGGGCGUUUCAAGAGCGGAUGAAGUGGCUCUGGGAUCUUGAUGUACAAGAUCAGGUUGAGCAAGCAAGGGAGAAGAUGACUAGCUACUUGGGAUAUGAAACCUAA